CGUGGAGCGCGAGUGUUUCCCGGAGCCGAAGGGAACAGAGCCAGGCACUGAAGCGCAGCAUCAGGGACGGACGGCGGCUCGGCUGGAGGGGCAGCAGGGUCUGCAGCGGACAGAAGGCUUCUUCUCAUUACCGGGGGUGAAAGGUGACGAGCGAGCCCAACUCUCAGGGCAGGCUGACCGGAGCACGGGGCUGCCGCUGACUGAUAAGCACACACUCACACACGCGCUCACACGCGCGCGCUCAUACCCACACACACCGGAGGGCCGGGGCAGACCAGGAGGGGGGCUGUGGAAUGCCGCCUCUGUCCUCUGAAGUGUCAAGAGAAGCCAGCGAGGGCUGAUUCACAGUAUUUUGAGAAACUCUGACAGCGAGUGAAACAGAACCUCCGGGCGGCUGACUCACACAGGGACCAUUAGCCAAACCCAAGGGCUUCUUCCCCCUCGACCCCCCGGAUCCUCUGAGGUCAGCUCCAGAGCGCGACUCUCUGCGCUCUCCACCAGUGUUUGAAAACCCCGUCCUCUUCAGUUGGACUAUAACCAUGCCCAUGCUCACUGUAUGCGACUGAGUCCCCGCUGUAACUGAAGUCAAAGGAACGUGAGGACCGUUUGAAAAGAGAGCCCAGCAGGAUGGCUGCAGGAGGGAAGAGCCUGGUUCUGGUCCUGGGACUGGUUCAGCUGUGGGUGAACAUGGGGAUCUCAACUCGGGCAGCCCGAAGCAGCCAUUCCAGACUGACACUGUCUCACAAAGAGCUAUGGGACCUCAACAGAACGUGGGUGUUUCACGGCCCACAGGGGGCGCUGGACCUGCACACCAUGAUUCUGGACGAGUACCAGGAGCGGCUGUUCAUCGGAGCUCGAAAUGCCCUUUACUCUCUGAGCCUGGAGCGAAUUAACACAGAUUCUCGGGAGAUAAACUGGCCCUGCACCACAGCUCAAGAAGAUGAAUGUCUAAUGAAGGGCAGAGAAAAGUCUGAAUGUGCCAACUACAUCAAGGUGCUUCAUCAGUACAACAGGACACACUUGCUGGCUUGUGGAACCGGGGCUUUCCACCCUGUCUGUGCUUUCAUCAGGGUUGGCCGCUGGACUGAGGACAGUGCAUUUUACCUGGAAGCUGAUCACAUCGAGAGUGGCCGGGGAAGAUGUCCGUUUGACCCCAACAGUCCCUGCGUCUCUACCUUCUCCAGAGGAGAGUUGUAUAUCGGGCUUUACACAGAUUACUGGGAGAACGACGCUGCGCUCUGCCGUCUGAACAAUCACAGCUACACCAGGACAGAGCGAGAUGACAGACAGCAGCUGAACGAGCCAAAGUUUGUUGGAUCAGUGGUUAUUCCAGACAAUGAUGACCAGGACGAUGACAAAGUAUACUUCUUCUUCACUGAAAAAGCUGUGGAUAUUGAAAGCGGGAACAAUGCUGUUUACACAAAGGUGGCAAGAGUGUGUGCGAAUGACCUGGGAGGCCAAAGAAUGCUGGUGAACAGGUGGAGCUCCUUCACCAAGACCCGUCUGAUCUGCUCCGUCCCUGGACCCAACGGGAUCGACACACACUUUGACGAGUUGGAGGACGUGUUUGUGCUGAAGAAGAAGGACGAGAAGAACCCAGAGAUCUUCGGCCUGUUCAGCACCACCAGCAACAUCUUUAAAGGGUAUGCCGUGUGUGUCUACCACAUGGACCACAUCCGGGCAGCUUUCAAUGGACCGUUUGCCCACAAAGACCGCCCUGAGCAUCACUGGACCGCGUUCGAAGGCAGGGUCCCUUUCCCACGCCCUGGAUCGUGCGCCAGCAAGGUGAACGGAGGCCAGUACUCCGGCUCCAAAGAGUAUCCGGACGAGGUGUUGCGCUUUGCGCGGGACCACCCUGUGAUGUUCCAGCCCGUGCACCCCCUGCACCGCCGGCCGGUUCUACUCAGGACCGACGGAGAGAGGAGGCUCACUCAGGUGGCGGUGGACCGCGUGGAGGCCCAGGACGGCCACUACGACGUGCUGUUCAUCGGAACAGAUAACUCUGUUGUGUUGAAAGUGAUCACCAUCUACAACAAAGAGACUGACACGGUAGAGGAAGUACUUCUGGAGGAACUUCAUGUCUUCAAGGUUCCUGUUCCAAUAACCGAAAUUAUAAUCUCAGCUAAAAGGCAACAGCUGUACGUGGGGUCAGAGUUUGGCGUGGCCCAGGUGAAGGCUCACCAGUGCCACCUGUAUGGGUCAGCCUGUGCAGACUGCUGCCUGGCGCGGGACCCAUACUGCGCUUGGGAUGGGGUCACCUGCUCCAGGUACUACCCUGCUGGGAGCCAUACCAAAAGGCGCUUCAGAAGACAAGAUGUUCGUCAUGGAAACGCCGCCCAGCAGUGCAAUGGCCUACAGAUGAAUGGAGAGCUGCCCCAGAAAGCAGUGGAGAAGUCAGUGUAUGGGGUAGAGAACAACAGCACGCUGCUUGAAUGCAGUCCAAAAUCGCCACUGGCCAAAGUCCUCUGGUUUAAUCAAAGAGGCACUGACAAGGAAGAGGUGAGAGCUGACGACAGGGUGGUGAAGACUCCGCACGGCCUCCUCUUCCUCAGACUGCGCAAGAUGGACGCCGGCGCCUACCUGUGCCAGUCCGCCGAGCACGGCUUCGUCCGCGACGUGGCGCGGCUCACGCUGGAGGUCCUGGAGGAGGAGCGCGUGGACGAGCUGUUCCACCGGGCGGAGGAGGCGGAGGAGGAGGGCGGAGGCGGCCAUCACAAGCCCCCGCCGUGCCCCCUUCCCGCGCUCCCUCACGGCGCCACCUCCAAGCUCUGGUAUAAGGACUUCCUCCAGCUCAUCGGCUACAACAACUUCCACAAGGUGGAGGAGUACUGCGAGAGGGUGUGGUGCUCGGACAAGAAGCGCAAGAAGCUCAAGUCCCUGCAGCCCAAGUGGAGGUUCUCCCACGCGCAGGAGAGGAGAGGGAGAGCGCGGGGGGACCACCACCGCACGCCCAGGCACGCCCUGGGCACCUGAGGACAGCCCGCCUCUCUCAGAACAAUGGAGCGUUUCCCCUCAGAACAAAGCCACGAUGCCACCUUUGGAAACGGAGUGGACAGAACCUAGCUUUGUUAUGGGAUUCAGAUGGACUCGUCACUUCAGAAGUGCAAGCUGCGUAUGUGUAAAACCACUGUAUACAAUGUCGUAUGCCCAUAUAGUAUUUUAGUGCAGUACCUGUUUAAAUUAUUGUAAUAUCUACUUGUGAUGUGACUGACGUUCUAGGUUUGAUGUGUUCUCAUUAGCUGGAAGUGUAGUACCGUUUGAGUUUUUAGAGUCAUUGUGAGGCUUUCUCUUCCUUAUGUUUAUGUAUUGGUACCGCCCUCUACCCUGUCUGAUGUCUCCCCUUAGCUGACAUUGCAUAACACCUCAAAACCUUUGUGGACAUUAAUCCAUGAACAUUUACAUAAGCUGUUACUUUGUUAUGUAUAAUAACCGUAAAUGUAUCGCCAACAGAAAUGCCAGAAAAAGACACAAAGAAUAUAUAUUUUUUGAUACAGUAUAAAGCAAUUGGCUGAAUUGGGGGACCUGCUGUAAUGCAGGUAUGAAGUGGCAUGCUUUAUUUUAAUAAGUGAAACAUGGUCUGUUAUCUCAAGUAGUAAUGCUCUGUUGGUUACUUAUUAUGUAAGAAAUUGUUACAUUUGUUCAGUUGUUUACCAAUUAUUUGUUAAUUUUGACCUCAAGUUUUACUGUAAUAUGUAUGAAUGGGCCAGAAGCCUUUAUCUCUAUCCUGUCAUUGAGAUGUGAGCUUAGAUUGUUCUUUGAGUUGGAAAAGCUCCAGCUGAGUAACAAGUGAUGGACUGAACUCUUUAGACAUGUACUUUUUUUUAUACUACAGUCGUGAUCCAGAUCUAGAAUAGUUCCCUUGUUGUGUAAACCUUGACAAUUGCAUUUAUGAUUAAUGCAUAAUCCCCACCCAUGCAUCUCUGGAGCGUCUCCACCGUGUAGCAGUCGUAAUCGGAGACACAGGUGUUCGGUGUUUAUUCAAACCCUGUCCUCGCUGUUGGCAUCCCACGAUCGUGUCUGAAUUAUCCAACAAUGCUGCGGGCUGGCUGAGUAAUUACCCACAUGGAAUCCAAUCCACGAUGUGAGGAGAAACAAUAAUACUAUUCACACCUACACACCGCCGGUCAUAUUGAAAAAUGUACUGAUGUGGAAAGGCAGGCACACAUUUCCCUGCUUAUGUCUGUGACACGUUCCAUUAGAACCAGGGAGCUCAAGUUAUUGCUGUGGUAGACCCCCCCCCCCCCCCCCCCCAACAUUCAGUUGCUUUUUAUUUUUGUAUUUACAUGAACUAUGUUUUGUUCCUAAUGCUUCUUCGAUUACAUCGUUUUCUUACUUCUGUUUUGUCGUUGAGAAUGUCUUGGCAAUCGGGAAUGGCGAAGUAACUUAAUAUUCCAAAGCCCAUUUCCAGAUUAUUAUAAAGAUCACAUGGAUCUCUCAAGAGCUCCAUGUUGCGCAUCGGAAUUCAUACCUGCGAGCCUCCCGUUUUCAGGGGAAAUUGAGAGUGUCGUUCCUCUUCAGCAGCAUAUAAAUAAUCGCCAUUAAAAAUGUUUAAUCGUC